AACAGCGCCGUGUGACUUCACCACUAUGGAGUCUCUGCUGACGCGCAAUUGUAGGAAAAUAUGCCAGAGCUGGCGUAAAAACAGUUAAAUCAAACGCUGCAAAGCGAAAAAGAUAGAUGAUUAAUAAUUUUCCAGCUGAUUUUAUACGUCUUUGACAUUGAAAAAGGACACAGUCGCCUGCUGACGAGUGAAAAUACGUCCAGCGGCGCUCGCUUUGCUAACUUGCUCAGUGUUCGCUAACGUUAGCUGGUGUCUGGGCGCUGGCUAACGCUAACGCUACCGUUAGGUUAGCUUCUCCUCGCAGCAGCAGCAGCAGAGUAAUAACGUGAUGGAGUCUUCUGAGCAGUCUCCUCCAGAUUCUGGAGCUCAGGAAGUGAAUCCUGUGUUCCUGCAGCAGUUGAGAGAGCUGGACAUUCCAGAGGAGGCUGCCAAGCAGGCACUCCUACACACACGGAAUGUGUCUGCUGAGGAGGCGGCCAUGUAUUACUUCAACAAACUUGAGAAUGAGGAAGAAGGAGAUGAGGACAUGAUGUUCAAGAUGGUUUUUGUUGUAAACAUGGAGCUGUCCAUGGGAGUGGGGAAGGUGGCGGCGCAGGUGGGCCAUGCAGCUGUGGGUCUGUACCAGGCCAUGCAGGAGAAGAACACCUGGAGGGAGAUGGCAUGGAAAUGGGACCAUGCUGGGGCUAAGAAGGUUGUGCUACAGGGCACUAACAUGGCACACCUGUUGGAGUUGCAGGCUCUUGCUAUGAGUUUAAGCCUCCCUACAAAACUGAUACAGGACGCUGGACUCACCCAGGUGGAGCCAGGCUCUAGCACUGUGCUGGCCAUCAUGGGAGAGGAGGAGAUGGUCAACAAUGUCACAGGCAGUCUGAAACUGCUCUAAGCACUGAAGGAAAGAAGCAACUGUGGAAACACAGGUGUGUAAAGUAACACUGAGCGUCCACAGGGGGGCGGCAAAGCCCCACAGCAGCAAGGCUCUCAGCAUGUAAAAAAAAAAUUUAAAAAUCCCACAGAGCAAAUCCCAUAGCAUUCACAUACUCCUACUGACUUGCACUGACUCUCACUUACACACACACACAUACACACACAGAAUAACAAUGACAUCGGUUAAGGUGGGAGGAGGGCUGCACAUGUGGAUGGUUGCCUGGGUGCAUCAUUCCAGGCUGAUUUAACGUUUACAGUGUAUUCGCGUUCAUUAUGUUACGAAAGGAUCCCUGAUUCUGCAUUUAAAGGAAGGGAAAAUGUGUGAAGAUCAACAGUGAACAUAUCGGUAUGUGAUCAAAUGGGUAGGUGAUACCCAUCAUCCCCUCAUACAUUAAUAUUUAUCACUUAAGUUAGAUCCUAGUGUUUUGGUGAUUGUUGAACCAAAGUAGUCAUUGUAAAAGAGUUAAAUGAAAUGUAACACUACACAUAAAACAUCCUCUCUAGAUGUAAGAACUCCUGAAUUAUCUCCUUGGAAAGUUUACUGCUCAUCAGCAAUGGGCUUCCUUUGCUAUGAAUUGUGAUGUAUAAAUCUACGUAUGUAUAUAACUUUUAUGUAACUUAAAUGUACUGAUGUGAUACCCCUCCUGCCAAACAUUGUUAUGUAGAAAUAACUUGAAUGCAUACUGAUAUGGGAAAAACAAAAUCUCAAAGCCAUAUUGAUUGUGGAGUGCCAUUGUUAAUGUUUUCUGUUACUUUUUGACUGUUCUUUUUUUUUCUGCAUCUACAUAUUGUUGACUGUCAAUUCUGGGAUUAAGGAGGUUGGUCAUUUGCAAUAAUACUGACAUGCUAGUUGUCUUUUUUCUCAAUUAAAAUUUAAAUGUUUGUAGUGUUCAAGAUCA